GUGUCCGUGUCCGUGUCCGUGUCCGUGUCCGUGUCCGUGUCCGUGUCCGUGUCCGUGUCCGUGUCCGUGUCCGUGUAAUCGCCAGGGGCACCGGCCCCCGUAGGCAAAGCAGGGGGGGAGGCGGCAGCUCCGGCCCCCCGCUAGUGCCGUCUGCGGAAGCGGGGCUGGCUUCCAGUUGCUUUUAUUUACCAAAAAAUCGGUUUACUUCGUUGCUAACGCGUUUUUUUUUUUAAAAAAAACAAAACAAAACAAAAACAAACAAACAUUACGUUUUGCCUCUAUACACUGGCCUCAAUUCGUAAUGUGUUUAGACGAUUUUUAGAAAUAAGUCUUUACAAAUGCAAAAGUUGCGGGAAUUCCUAGUUUUAUUUAUAUAUAUAUAUAUUUAGCAUUGUACCUGUGUAUAUAAAUGUAAGUGUUCCUUCAGCAGAGCGCAGGCACAGCCACAGGCCAGCAGCCCGGUGGGGCAGGGGAGCCCAUCAAAGCUGCCGGGGCACGGCCUGAGGAAAAGCGAGUGUUAAGAGUAGCCAAAGUUUCUGUAAGUUUCUUGGUUUGUGUUUGAGAUGAGGGCAGGUGGAAGGGGAAAGGGGAGAGGUGCUAAAUGGAAGCUGAAGAAGCCAGAAGCAGAAGAGACGGAGAGUAGGAUCAGAAAGUAACAACAGUUGGAGCAAACGGGGCUCGGUAAAAAAAAAAAAAAAAAAAUCAGACGAGAAUAGAGUUCACUGAAAUGUGAGAAUGGCCAAUUCUUUAAGAGGUGAAGUGUUGAAUCUAUACAAAAAUCUGCUGUACCUUGGAAGGGAGUAUCCCAAAGGAGCGGACUACUUUAGAAGCCGUUUGAAAGCAGCUUUUCUUAAAAAUAAAGAUGUGAAAGAUCCUGAAAAAAUUAAGCAACUAAUUGCACGAGGAGAAUUUGUUAUAAAAGAGUUGGAGGCUUUGUACUUUCUCAGAAAAUACAGAGCUCUGAAACAGCGCUACUACAGUGAUGACAAUCAGUAACUGGUGCUAACGACCGCAUGUAACGAUACAAAUCCAUUAACAAUAAAAGAGCUGUAACCUCAAAAGAAAUGAAACGUAAGUCAUUCCAACCCAUCUAAAGUACAAAUUAGGACUUUGCUUCCCCUGAAGUAGUCGCCUGAAGGAUUUGGGUUUUGUAAUAUAGGGGUAAUAGCUUUUUCUCACCAGCUUUUGGCCUCCCUGAGCUAAAACUUGAUGUAUGAAACAAUUUUGCAGGAAUUUUCAUGGUAAUACGAUUCUGCUGUUUCACUUUGAUACGCAAGUUGAACAGGUAGCUCGUCAUGCCCGACAGUGGUGUGAUUGAACACCGACUGAAAGCGCCACACUUCUCUGGUUACUUAAUCUGGCUUUGAAAGUCUUCCACCUUUAAUGAUUCAUUUCCACCAUAAAUGAGCACCUCCUCAAAAGUAAAGUAGAUUCUUAAAGUUUCUAACUACAUCUGCUUAACGUGCAAGAGUGACGUUGUCAGGCUGGUGGAGGCGCUGCCUUACUGCAUUAGAAAGACGGCUGCGGUGUCAGGAAGGGGGUGAACUUGAACUGUAGUGGCUUAUGCACUUAGACCCUGAGGAGAAUUCCUGCUGCUGCUGCUUUCUGACAUUGUGUGACUGCUGUCACAGGAAUAUAGAACUUGAUCCUUUCCCUUGGAAGAGAAGGAUGACCGUAAACGUUUGCUCCAUGGCUCUGUAGACCUUGGUGUGACUAGCACAAACCUGUGCCAGAACCGAUGCUCUAGGGUGGGUUGGUUGGCAUUUCCACUCCCCACCUCAAGAACUGAAUGACACUGGAGGCAGAACAGAAAUAAUCUUUGAAAUAGAGGUAAGUAAUCACUGCAGCAGAACUGUUGGCAAUAGCAAGUCUUCACAUGCAUAAAUUCCAGAAUAGAAUAAAAAAAAAAAAAAAAAGGCAAAUUACCAUAUGCUACCUUGUGAUGAAAUGUAUGUGCUUUAGUUUCUAGCACCACACUGAUCUGAAAAAACAAUCCUUCCACAUCAACUUUACUUCUCUACAAUAUGAUGCAAUUAAACCUGUUCCAAAUGAAUACGUCCAUAUACAGAAUUUAACCUGCCCUUCUCAGUAACUGAUAAAAGAUUAUCCAGACAGGGUAGCAAAGGGCCAAAGCAUAAGUUUACAGAACAGUAGCAGAUUCACACUUUUUUCCCCCCAUAGGACACGAUCACUACUAAAGAAUGUCUUUCCUAUUUUCUGUAAGUUUAUGGAAGGCGUUUGAUAGAUGAAAACAAAUGUGCACCCGGGAAUGAACACCGGAUAGCUGUUCAGAGUAUUUUAAGCUUGCAGAGCAAUUCAGAUCAAGCCUGCGGUUAGAGUGGUGAAGAGAAGGUCCCUGGGGUGCCCAGCGAGGGCACAGCCCGAGUGAGAGAAGCGCCACCGCACCCGACGCGGGGCCCCGCUCACCGCAGGGACGGCCGGGACCGGCGGCGCCGGGUGGGUGCGAUCAAGCGCUCUGUACGUGUGCGAGGCACAGCACCCCCUCCCAGCGGGGGGGAACACGGGUGGGCAAGGGCAGCGGCUCUGUGACAGGCCGGGCGAAGCGCCAGAAACAAACGGAGAACGGCCGCCACGCGCAGGGGAGCUGUGGGAUAGCUCCAUUAUCCACAGGAUAGCCACGGGAUGCUGAGGUUCCUGGGCAGAAAAAGGCAACCGGGACAGAAGCUCACAAUAACUGUAUUUUAUUACAUUACAAUAAAUAGGAGCAGUACAGUUUGACAAAAAAAUGACAAAUUCCAGAUCACCUCACAGCACAUACUCCUAAAAACAUUAAAAAUUUUAAAACAAACAGUGGUCUUUUUUUUUUUUUUUUUUUUUUUUUAACUUAAUGUCUGGUAUGACCAACAUUCCUAGGUCACGCAACCAAAUGAUGGAAAAACUGGAUCACACUGCAUAUGUUCCACAUCAAAUAAAGCACAAUGUACAAAAUGUGCAUGUUUCAGUUUACACUAUACAAAAAUAGUUAAAAUACAUUCCAGGUAAACAUAUUACAUUAAGAAGUCAUUCUAGUAAGAAGUUGGCACUCAAGAGGAAAAAGCAGAAGUAUUUUCAACAUGAAAACACAAGACAGUGGAAUAAAGAAAUGUUAGGAAAGAUUUACCAUCUAUGUAGCUUUAUGUAAACUUGAGACAAAAUGAUUUGUUUACAGUUUGAUGGUCUUUGACGGUAAUAAUUGUAUUGCAUCAUAGCAUAGAUAAAAGCAGAAGAUUGUGUGUCAGUAUUUACCCAUUACAGAGAUACUGUAACAAAAACUAUACAGUGAGACUUUUUUUAGGUUAGCAAAAAUUUUAGGGCAAUGAGACUGGUCAAAACAGUUACAUUUCCAUUUUGAGAAAACCAAUGAUAAAAGUUGUUUACCAGAGUUACAUAAAGCUACUGUUAGAGGGCGUUACUCCCUGACACAUGGCAAUUUAAUGUAUUAACGUGGUAAGUGAUUCACAUGUUCAUUUAGUAGUUGCUAUCAGAACAGACCGCAUCCAGGUCUGUUCUUCGAAAGCAUUUCAAAUAGGGAAAGACAGAAUAAUUAUGAGAUCAACUUGUGCAAGCUGCAAUCCAACAUGCUUCACCAAAUCUCAACAAAUACUAAGACAAAACUGCACAACAGUGGCAAGGAUGUGUAUUUUU